UAGACUGUGGGUACCAUCUCACCAGUGCCUUGCAGGUAUGAUUCAAUUUCCCAUCUAAGCCAGGAGCAAUUUCAGAGUAAUACCUUGCCCCUACCGCCACUGUGCCUAACCCCUAGCCAUAUCAUACUGGUUCCUUCGAUCCAGGCUUGCUGAUGGAACAUCAGGGAAAAGCAUCAAGGCCCUUGUCAGAACUCAAAUUUUAGUGCUGCAUCAAGGCUGUAGAGAAACCCCUGCUUCUGCAUUCACCUCUUCAAAGCCCUCACAGGCGCAUUCCCAAAGUUGGGGGAGGGAGGCUUCUGAGUUAUUAGAAUUAGGGUAUGUUUAUGUAUGUGGGGGUGGAUACAUGGUGGAAAGUACAGAUGUCUCCUUAUGUCACAUUCCCUCAUGAAGGAGGAUUUGUGUAGGAAGGCGGCAAGGACUUUAAAAAGCCUUAGGUCUAGUGGGAUCCAGAGUGGAAGGCAGCACCUUCAUGCGAAUAGUCACAUUGCAACUGGUAGGUGCAUGGAAUCAAGAGGGGUAAAGUGGAUGGGUCAAGUGAUAUUUGGGUUCUUUCUAAAGGUUGGUGUUAGGGUUAGGGUCAGGAUGCCAGGGUUUUGUUGGGCUGUUUCUCAGUAAGUCAGUCUCUGCUCCUUAUCAACCCUUAUGGCCCUCAUCCCCUUAAAAGGGAGUCUGUACCCAAAAGGCUCCAUGUAUUAUAGUGGAAAACAAAUUGGGAUUUCUUGCUUCUCCCAUUUUUCCCUAAAAUUCAACCAGUCUCAGAGUUUGAGAAUGGAGGUGAGAGAAAGACAAGGGAUAACAAUUGGGAGCCUCAUAGGCUUUUAUUUUUACCUAUUACCCUCAGAAGAGCCAAAUUAUUUCUUCUUCUUGAGGAACCGUUGCCAUACAAACUCUCUUUUCCCACUCCCUGCACCCCUCCCCUCCACUGGAGCUGCUGCCAUGGUUGCCAGGCAUGGUUGCUAAGUCUGCAUGGAAGGGUUGGCGUGGGCUGUGCUGCCACUAACAUUACCAUGGUGAAUCAGGGGACACCUGGUGUAGGCUUAGAGGGAGGGUUCAUGCAGAUAAGUGACAAUCCCCAGGACAGGAUGUGGUCCAAAGGUGAGCAUCUUGAGCACCACUUCAGGUGGGGGCUGUGUGAACUAGGCAUUGUGGUAGGGGGUGGGGAAGCUCUACACUGAAAAGUAGAGGCUACUUUUAUCAUUUCAGUUGCUAGGGGAUUAGUUUUGCCAAGGGAGCACACCAUUCCCCCAUGUCCCUCUGUAAGGGUGAAGUGCAUAAGCACUCUGUUCUAUCCUCCGUAGCUGGGCAGAACUGUGUAGGCACAGAACAAUGUGACCCCAAAAUCCUGGCUUGUGGACUGGGGAGAGAGCCUGCUGCCAGGGGAAGGUUUGCUAGGUGUCCAAGGACAAACAUCUAGAAAGAGAGUGGUGGGGCAGCUUGGGUGGCCAAGACAGAUUCCUGGGUCCUGUUGUACCAGCAGUCCUGGGCUGCAGCACUGAGAAGGUGAGGACUUAAAGGUGUAGGGGUCACCUUUUUGAGCUUAGGGAAGGCAGCUUUCCCUGAAUCACACAAAAGCUUCAGUGAAAGCCACCGCCUCCUCUCCGCUGCAUGGGAGCUGGUUACUCAUCUCUGUACCCAAACGCUACUGCCGCUAAAAAUAGCCCCCCCCCCCGCCCCAUGGGCCAGCCCCUCCUGCACCCCAACCCCAUGGAAACCAGCAGAGUGGCAGGCAGAGACCUUGAGUUCUAUUCUCACCACUCCCUGAGAAAACCGAAAUCUGAAGCAGGAAGUCAGGCAGAACCUUGCUGGUCUGGGGACCUGGCAAGCUGGAAAAUAAAGGGUUAAAAUGGCAGGAAGGUUGAAGAAAGGGUGGGGGCACUGUCAUUUUUACCUAGAAUCUUAAGUCCCUCCCUCUCCCACUCCUACAGUCCCAUCAGGCUUGGGGGACAACAGCCAUGGGAAGGGGCGUCCAAUCCCGGGCCCCAGGGGGCGGCGGUGCACAUGGGGGAGGUAGCAACGCGGAGCCGUCUGCGCCGUGUCACAUGCGCGCGCACACACACAGACAAGCACACACGUGUGCCUGGGUAUAUAUAGUUCCCAGUUCCUGGGCCCGCCGCUCUGCAGUGGGCGCCGGCUCCCUGGGCUGGGAGGGGGCUGCUGGGGCGGGUGGGAGGGUGGGGGGCCGGGUGGGGUGGGGCAGGAUGCUGGAUGGCCAGCUAUUUUCCAAGGGGCCCAACAGCCCCCAGGAGCUCCAGGAUGAGGAGUCCGGCAGAUGCCUCUGGGUGCAGAAGUCCAAGCUGUUGGUGAUAGAAGUGAAGACUAUCUCCUGUCAUUAUAGUCGCUGCGCCCCUUCUCGUCAGCCCAUGGACUUCCAGGCCAACCACUGGGCUCGCAGGUCCCAGAGCCUCACGUGUGGGCCCCGCCCGGGAUCCCCUGAAGUGCCGCCCCGCCGGCCCUGGCCCUCCAGGGUGCUGCAGGAGGCGACCAACUGGCGGGCGGGGUCCCUGGCCGAGGUCCGAGCCCGGGAGCAAGAGAAAAGGAAGGCGGCGUCGCAGGAGCGGGAGGCCAAGGAGACCGAGCGAAAAAGGCGUAAGGCUGGUGGGGCCCGACGGAGCCCCCCGGGUCGGCCCCGCCUAGAGCCCCGCAACGCGGCUCGGGCGGCCCAGCCUGCAAGGCUUCUAGCUCUCUCACAGCCAGAGCGCUUGGGGCCAGUGGGGCGACCGCCCCGUCCACCUGCGCAGCCGCACAGCGACCCAGGGUCAGCGUGGGCGGGGCCCUGGGGAGGUCGGAGGCCCGGACCCCCCAGCUACGAGGCUCACCUGCUGCUAAGAGGUUCUGCUGGGACCGCCCCACGACGCCGCUGGGACCGGCCGCCACCCUAUGUGGCUCCACCUUCUUACGAAGGCCCCCACAGGACCUUAGGGACUAAGAGAGGCCCAGCGCUCUCCCAGGCACCCACUUCAUCAGCCCCAGCUCCAACCCCAGCCAGGACAGAGGGAGGGCGCACAAAGAAGAGGUUGGAUCCUCGAAUCUAUCGGGAUGUCCUCGGGGCCUGGGGUCUCCGACAGGGGCAAGGUCUCUUGGGGGGAUCCCCGGGCUGUGGAGCGGCCAUAGCAAGGCCAGAUUUUGGCAAGGGGGCAGCGGAGAAAAGUGUGGGGCUCACUGCUGCUGGCCUGAAUAGUGGUAGCUACAGCCAUUCCCAAGCCAAAGCUACGGGGCGCCCAAGCACGGAGACAGCUCCUUCAGAGUAUGCAACUGCGACUCCCAGCCCCCCACGUCCCGCGCCUAGGGCCAGGCACCACUUCAAAGGCUCGAGGGAAGGGAAAGAAGGAAGAGAACCGAUCUGGUUCCCCAAAUGCUGGAUUCCCUCCCCAAAGGGCUCCCCUAAAAGGCAGCCGGCCAGGCACAGCCAGACACUCCCCAGACCUUGGGCUCCAGGAGGCACAGGAUGGAGGGAGUCCCUGGGUCAUAGAGAGGGGGUAGGACCCGAGACCCUGGAGGGUUGGAAGACGACCCGCCGCGCCCACACCUUGCCGCGUAGCUCCCGAAGGCCGGCUUGUGGAGAAGGCGUCUUUGUCAUUGACGCCACGUGCGUGGUGAUACGAUCCCAGUAUGUUCCGACCCCUCAAACCCAGCAGGUGCAACUUCUGCCCUCUGGAGUGCCGCGUGUUGUGGGAGAUGCCCCCAGCCAACCGAAGGCGGUUAAGGAGGAGGGCGAGGGGGCCACAGUCCUCCCCCCACCUUGCCAAAAGCUGCUGUUGAGCAGUCGCCUUUUACACCAGCCCGGUCGGGGGCGCGGGUGCGAGGCUGAGGGCGGGAAACUGGGGGACACCUUACUGGAGGAGCGCGCCUCCCGUAUCUUGGGGCUCCCGGUGGGUGAAGUAAAUCUGCGGGACGCCCCCACGCAGCCAGGUACUCCAGAGCACCGAGCCCUAGGCCUGGCAGCUUUGGGUGGCGUGGGCAGAGCAGAGGGUUCGGAAGUGGCGGCGGUCCAGUGGUGCGCUGGCCGGGGCUGGGCGCGGAAUCCAGGGCCCUAUGCUGGGGCCCUGCGGGAAGCCGUGUCCCGCAUCCGCCGCCACACCGCCCCGGACUCUGACACGGACGAAGCUGAGGAGCUCAGCGUCCAUAGUAGCUCCUAUGAAGGAAGCGACACAGAAGCCCCAGGCGCCUCCUGGCGGAAUGAGAGGACCCUUCCCGGGGUUGGGAACAGCCAGGAAGGUGGUAAGACAGCUGAGCUGAGCGACGGUAUCCAGAUUUUAGAUGUCAUCAGCCAAACAGAGGAGGCCCUCUUCAGGGCGAGGGACACCAAGGGGACCCCACAGGAAAAUAGGGAAAGGGAAUGAAAGGCCCCUUUUUGUAUUUGUGUGCCCCAACGCAUUCAUCCGUGGGCUCACUGGUGCCAGUUCUUCCCCACAGAUUUCCUUUGCUUCUCUUUUCCUUGUAUCACUAACCAUUCCCCUUCCCAUACUUGAAGUAAGAAAGGAAAGGGCCAGACACGGUGGCUCACGCCUGUAAUCCCAGUACUUUGGGAGGCUGUGGCAUUGGAGACCAGUCUGGUCAAUGAGGCCAGAUCCCUGUCUCUACAAAAAAAAAAAAAAAAAGCCAGACCUGAUGGUAUGUGCCUGUUAGUUCUGGCUACUUGGAAGGCUGAGGCGGGAGGAUCACUUGAGCUCAGGAGUUCAAAGUUACAGUGAACUAUGAUUGUACCACUGUACUCCAGCCUUGGCAACAGGGUGAGACCCUGUCUCUAAAAAAAGAAGAAGAAGAAGGAAAUGGUGCAUGUGCCCAUUGGUAAUUUUGUUUCAGGAGAGAUGAGGGUGAGCAAUAGAUUUAACGCCUGCCACACAGGCAUUAAAGUGACAUCUUCAGCAAGGCUGGAGCUGAGCAGAGAGACCUAACCAGGAUCAGGCAGGAGGGCAGGGAUAGUGGCAGUCAUAGGAGGGGCAAUGUAGGGCAGGAGGGAGAAAGUGAGAGAGAAGCUCUGGAUCAAGUGACAGAGGAGUUUGUAGGAGUAGAGAAAUGGGUCCAGAAACAACCAGCCAAACAGGAGGAGGGCUCAUCUUGGUGUUAGUCUUGAAUUUCAACCCCAAUUCUGCCACUAAUUUGCUGGUUGACCUUACAGUAGUCACUUUCUCUCUCUAGGCCUUCUAGUAUGUAAAAUGGUGGAGUUCUAAAGUCUGUCCUUCCAUCCCUGACAUUUUGGGAUUUGGGGGGAGGCCUCUAUCUCUUCCUCCCCUCAACAAGCCAAGAGAGAGAGUUGGAAAUAAGUGAACAGACUCUUGAGUGCUUCUGGGUGGCCUCCUUGUCAUCUGUAGUCAUUUGUCAUCUGUAGUUUUCAAUUCAGGAGGACUGUGCAGGGUUUUCAGGAGAGUUGAGUAAGUGGGCAAGAUGCUCCUAUCCUAGUCUCCCUGGUUUAGGUGAGGGCUCCCCAAGGCAGGGCGAGAUAGUGGCCCUGUCACUUACCCUGGCCUGUGGUGGUCUGAGCUGGGGAGGGAAGGCAGCCAGUGAAUCAGCUUAGAACCUCUUUAGGCCUUCACCUUUUCCUCCUCCCCAAUGUUUCUCAGUAAUGUCCUCAGGGGUUACCACAAUUUCCCUCCCGGUGGUAUUGCCCACCUCAAAGAACCCUGAGAAUUUCAAUCCCAUCUCUGCCUCUUACAGAAAGCCGACUAGGCAAGGUAGGAGGCUGGUACCAAGAAGCCUGUAGGUGUAGGCUGUAAUAAUUGCUGUAACCACUAAGGGGCGCGCGCAGGUCGCAGAUUUCCCCAGUUGCUAGUCCUACUAUCCCAGCACUGCCAGUUAACACGAUCCCCUAAAUUACCCAGCGCGCUCGCCAGUUCCCCACCUUGCCACCUCCAGACUGCGAAGCCGGGAGCAGGCCUCCGGCCUCCCAGACCUCUGGAAAGGGCCGAGCCCCUCUUUGUACUCAUUCACGCCAGCCAACCGACUUGGGACCCCGACACUGAAGUCUUUUUUUUCUCUCUGAUCCUGGACACUUCUGUUUCUGCCAUUUACUAGCCAUGUGAACUUGGCCAAAUCACUUCACCUCCCUGAGCCUCAGUUUCCUCAUCUGUCAAAUGGGGGGUUAUAAACACCUACCUCGCAGGGUUGUUGUGAGGACUUAAUGCGAUAAUGUAUGUAAAGCGCCUUGCACAGUGCCUGGCACACAGUAGACGCUCAAUAAAUCUAAACUUCCCUUUA